AAAAAAUAUUAUAUUGAAUAAGAUUAUAAUUGCUUUAAUAUAAUUAAUAAUUAAUAAGAAUAUUCAUAAAAAUACUAAAAUAAAAAGAUCUAAGAAAUGAAAAAAUAGAUUGGACAAAAUUUAGGUGUUUAGGCCCCUCCUGGUUUAGUAAGGAGUAAAGUGAAAAUUCUAAUGUAUCUAGUUAAAAUGUAGAUAGUUAAAAGGUACCUGAUAAUUAAUAGAGUAGUAACAACUUGCCUGCUUAAAAAGGGGUAGACCAAGCUCCACAAUAAAAAAAAGGUGAUGAAAACCCUCAAAAUUAAGUAAAUAUCAAUAAUGAAAGGUAAGCUAAAGAGAGCAAAUAAGAAAACAUAAAUUUUUUACUUAUGAAAUGGGCUUUUGUAGUAUUUUUAACAGUUUUGGUCUCAUCUCUUCUAAACCAAAUAAUACAAGAUUAUUGGUUGGCAAAUAACGAUAAAUUACAAAAGAUGCUUGAAAAUUAUCAAAAAAUGCUUGAGAGUUAGCAAUAAAAUCAAGAUUAUUGGUAAGCAAAUAACGAUAAAUUGCAAAAGAUGCUUGAAAAUUAGCAAAAAAUGCUUGAGAGUUAGCAAAAAAUGCUUGAGAGUUAGCAAUAAAAGCAAGAUUAUUGGUAAGCAAAUAACGAUAAAUUGCAAAAGAUGCUUGAAAAUUAGCAAAAAAUUCUUGAGAGUUAGCAAUAAAAGCAAGAUUAUUGGUAAGCAAAUAAAGAACAAUAGCAAAAAAUGCAAGAUUAUUGUUAAGAGAAUAACAAGCAAAAUAUUUGA